CUAGUAUCGGACGCCAUGGUCAAGCAUAAAGGGAGUAACUCGGCCAAAGUGCCGCUGCCACUCGCUCUCGAAGCGCCGCAUGUUGCACCAACAACAUUCAAUGACGGCCUUCCCCUGCCCAAGAUAUUUGUUUUUGACUUAGAUUAUACGCUGUGGCCCUUUUGGGUAGAUACCCACGUUAGUGCUCCUAUAAAAUCCAAGGAUAACAACUCCCGAUGUGUGGACAAAUGGGGCGAAUCGUUUUCAUUCUACCCAGCUGUUCACUCCAUCCUGCAGGCAUGCCGUGCGCGGUCUAUACCUGUCAGUCUUGCAUCUCGUACUCAUGCGCCAGAUCUUGCCCGCGAUGUUCUCAAGGCUCUGCAUGUUAUCCCAUCUUUUACAGAUAACCCUGCCGCCGAUAAUCGUUCUAUACGAGCGUUAGAUUACUUUGAGCAUGUUCAAAUAUAUCCAGGGACGAAGACACAACACUUCACCCGCAUUCAGCAAUCCAGUGGCUUGAAAUACGAAGACAUGCUCUUUUUUGAUGAUGAAGCCCGCAAUAAAAAUGUCCAGGUAGAGCUUGGUGUGACAUUUUGUCUUGUUAAAGAUGGGAUAACCAAAGAGGAAGUUGAUAGAGGUGUUUGGGAAUGGAGAAAGCGGAUGGGUAUAAACCCGAUUGACCAGAAAGAGUCGGCAGAGGAGAGGAAUUGA